AUGGCGAGUUUGUCAGGCUCCUGUCUGCCCAGCUGCCUCCCCUGCCUUCUCCUGCUCCUCCAGUUGUCUCUUAGCAAUGCAGGACAGUUCAGAGUAAUAGGACCAGGGCAUCCCAUCUGGGCGCUGGUGGGACACGAAGUGGAACUGCCGUGCCGCUUAUCUCCAGGAAGGAAUGCCACGGGCAUGGAGGUGGGGUGGUACCGGCCCCCCUUCUCUCGGGUGGUCCAUCUCUACCGAAACGGCAAGGAUCAGGACGGAGAGCAGGCGCCUGAGUACCGGGGCCGGACGGAGCUGCUGAAAGACACCAUUGGUGAGGGGAAGGCGACCCUCCGGAUCAGGAACGUGAGGUUCUCAGAUGAAGGCGGUUUCACCUGCUUCUUCCGAGAUCAUUCUUACCAAGAGGAGGCAGCAAUGGAGCUGAAGGUGGAAGAUCCCUUCUACUGGGUCGGGCCCGGAGCGCUGGUCGCCAUCGCCGUGCUGCCCGUGCUCCUCCUGCAGCUGGCCGCCGGCCUGCUCUUCCUCCGCCUGCAGCGCCGACUGAGAGGAAAACUUCGAGCAGAGAUAGAGAACCUUCACAGGACUUUUGAUCCCCACUUUCUGAGGGUGCCCUGCUGGAAGAUAACCCUGUUUGCGAUCGUGCCAGUCCUCGGACCCCUGGUUGCCUUGAUCAUCUGCUACAACUGGCUACAUCGGAGACUAGCAGGGCAGUUUCUUGAAGAACUAAGGAACCCCUUCUGAGCGAGGCUGCACCCUGGCGGAGCGGGGAGAGCCUGGAGUCCUGUCCUUGCGGACGCUGUGCCCGUCAGGUCGCAGGCUCACUGGCCUCUGCUGCGGGACCUUCUAAUUUGCCUUCCAGCAAUGCUCUAAACUCCAAAUGGGAACAUUGCUUCUUUUAAAAGAACAAAAAACAUUUUUAGAGGAAGGGAGAAACAUCGAUUGGUUUUUCUUAUCUGC